UCUGCGCCGCGCUCGCUGUAUAUGCGUGUAUGGAGGAAGCAGCUGCUGAUCUUUUGACACACACACACUCUUUAUCGCACACACACAGGCCCGCUCACACACACACACACACACACUCAGACCCAGCACAACACAGGAGAACACAAGAACAGGCGACUAACUGACUGCAUGAACGCAGCGAAAGCACUAAUGCCGUCAACGGACAGACUGCGCGGUGAAGCCGGCGUCCCCAGGAGGCCGUAACGCUUUGGUUGCCAUGGCCACGUGCUGACACCGGCUUCUGAUCCUCCUGGUUUGAUGGGUCCAAUAAUCGGCAUGUCUCCAGAUAAGAAAGCAGAAUCUCCAGGAUCUCAGGGCGUGUGUGGAGCCGGGACUCUCCCGGAAGCAGAGAGUGCCUCGAGCCCUAUGGCCACUAGCCUGGACCGGAUCGGCCCUGCUGGGGCGGGGGGAUCUCGGACCGAGCCUGAGGACGACGAGUUGACCAAUCUGAACUGGCUGCACGAGAACCUGCUGCAGAACUUCACUCUGGGAGGCCCUGAGGCCCAGCCCUGCCGUGGGCCCUUGUUUGACAUUGAGGGCAGUAUUAGCUCACCGCACGGGCACAGUUUGUCCUCGUCCUCGACUUCUUCGGUUUCAUCCGGAAGUCCGGGCGGGGAAAGAGAUCCCCUCAAAUCGAAGCCUCCUUUUUCCUUCUCCUUGCUCAUCUACAUGGCUAUAGAGCAGUCCCCGAGCAAAUCUCUACCUGUGAAAGACAUUUACGGCUGGAUCCUGGAACACUUCCCUUAUUUCUCCAGCGCCCCCACUGGCUGGAAGAACUCGGUGCGCCACAACCUGUCCCUCAACAAGUGCUUCCGCAAGGUGGAGCGAAGCCUGGGGAAGACCAAUGGGAAAGGCUCGCUGUGGUGCGUCCAUCCGGAGUUCCGGCCCACUCUGAUGCAAGCGCUGAAGAAACUGCAUUUCCCAAAUGCACACGCCUUCUACACCCCACCUGCCUCCCCUCCCAGUGCCUCGUCUCCACCUCGUCACCUGUUCCCGCUGGAGCAGGGCUACUCUAUGAAAGAAUCUGAUUUUGAUGCUGCCACUGCCAUGAUGCUCUUAAAGUCUGCCUCAGAGCAGAACAUUGACCCAUGUGAUCAAGAGGGUCCUAUAGACCUGUCGCGGCGAGACCUCGUGGUUGUGAGUCGGGAUCCGAAGCAGGACCACACCUACAGCAGCAGCCUCGUGUCCCAUUCACAACAGCAGCCGCCUCGUCUGGCCGCGCACGAGGAGCAGGACAGGAGCGCAGCACAUGCCGCCGCCGCCCUCAGCGGCCACACCGUCAUACGCAGCCUCCCGUCGGCAAAGCGGGCCAGGCGAGACCCCCGGGCCGAGUUGGACGAGGAGCUGAAGGAGGCGGCUGGUUCGCUCCUGCACCUGGCCGGCAUCCGCACCAGCCUGGGCGCCUCGAGACGCAAGAGCAGAAAACUCAACAGUAAAUGAAGCCCGGGUUCCUCCGCCUGCUGACCCCUUUACCCCCCGCCCCCUUAAUAUGUGACUGGUUUCUGUGGCCUGUCCGGCCCCUCUCCUCUGGACCCCUGCUCUUUGGCGUUUGGUUUGAGAGUUUUCUUUUAUUUAAUUCUUUUUAUUUAAUUUUUUUUCUUUUCCGAAAACAUGGAUCAAAAAAAAAAUCCCUAUCAUCUCAUCAAACAGGCAAUACUAACACAUAUACACAAACACACACACACACAGGAGAGAAAAGCCAUACUGACGCUUUCUUUUGUUGUACGGGAAAGAGAGUUAAAAGAACGGAAAAAAUGCACAUUUUUCCCCAGACGAUCCACCCCCAACAUUACAUUACAUUAAGUUACAUUUAUGAAAAUAAUUUAUAAGAAUAAUUUGUUAAGGGGGAAGAAAAGAUGAACCCAGAGGAGAGGAUUUGCAUGCUUCCACAUCUUUAAAAAACAAAAAAAAAGAAGAAAAGAAAACAACACAAACUUAUUUAUAUACUGAGAAUGAAUGCAUGGAUUUCACAAAAACUCCCAAAACAGCUUGGGCUUCAUCAUAGAGAAGAAAACGAAGAAAAAAAAUGCUAAAUAAGAAGAAAAAAAAAGAAGCAAACGAGAAAUAUUAAAGUGCCAUUGAUUUUGGAUCUUAAGACUUUGGUUGAGAAAUACGAUACAAAGACAAAUGCAAUAAUUAGUUGACCUAAAAUACUUGUAGUUAUUUUAUUUUUGUACUGCCGUUUUUUGUAUUUCUGUCUGGUGAAGUGACGGGUGAUGAUGGCAUGUCCCCCUGGAGCCCUGUGCUAUCGCAGCUAUGAUGUCAAACCCACGUGACUUUUCACACCUCUUCAUCCCGGAUCUGUGUUUCCCUGAGCAGUGUGGCUGUAGUGUCAUUCAUACGGUCGUGGAGAUUAACAGCCUGAAAAGCAAGCUGUUGCUCUUUGCAUGCACGUUCACCAUUUAUCUGUGUGGUCAGUGUAGUCGUGUGCCAUCACGUUCACGUUUCCCGCAUUGAUGUCCCAAUAUCAUCAAUCCCCAUAUCAGUAACUCCUGGCUCAUAGGUCUGUGUUCUGCUUUAGCAUUUGAGCAAAUAUAGAAAGCAACAUGGUGAGGCAGAAUGAUUCACCCUCUUACUGUCUUCAGGAACUCAUUUGUGUUACAUUGUUACUCAACUGAGUUACACGGUUACUCAACUGAGUUACACAACUACUUAUCUGAGUUAUACUCAACUGAGUUACACAAUUACUCAACUGAGUUAUACUCAACUAAGUUACACAGUUACUCAACUGAGUUAUUCUCAACUAGAUUACACAAUUACUCAACUGAGUUGUACUCAACUGAGUUACACAGUUACUUAACUAAGUUACACGAUUACUUAUCUGAGUUAUACUCCACUGAGUUACAGUUUAGCUACACCAAAACCUAUUUUAGUCACAAAAGGUCUCACUUGAGUUAUACCCAGCUGAGUUAGACGAAUACUUAUCUGAGUUACACUCAACUGAGUUACAGUUUAGCUACACCAACAUUUAUUUUAGUUACAAAGGAUCUCACUUGAGUUAUACUUAACUGAUUUAGAUAAUUGCUCAACUGAGUUACAAUUUAGCUACUCAGAAACUCAUUUUAGUUACAAAGGAAUUCACUUGAGUUACACAGGAACUCAUUUAAGUCACACAGUUACUCACUUGAAUUACAUAGGAACUCAUUUGAGUUACACUGUACUUUAAUUGAGUUGCAUUGUUAAUCAGUUGAGUUACACAGUUAUCAAUUGAGUUACACAGUUACUCAGUUGAGUUGCUUAGGAACUCAAUUAAGUUAUGCAUUUACUCAUUUGAGUUACUCAGUUACUCAAUUAAAUUCCUUAGUUGAGUUACACAGAAACUCAAUUAAGUUAGCCAGUUACUCUAUUGAGUUGCAUAAGAACUCAUUUGAGUUACUCAGUUACUCAAUUGACUUACAUGGUUACUCAGUUGAGUUGCACAGUUACUCAGUUGAGUUCCUCUGUUGAGUUGCAUAGGAACUCAUUUGUGUUACGCAGUUACUCAGGUGAGCUACGCAGUUACUCAGUUGAGUUAUGCAGUUAAUCAGUUGAGUUACAUAGUUACUUAAUUGAGUAACACAGUUACUCAGUUGAGUUACACAAUAACUCAUUUGAGUUGCUUAAGUCACCCUGCCAAUUAAAUACCCACAUCGUCAUCAUUAUCAUCACCACCACCACUAAUAUUGCUCACAUCUGGGAGUUUUUCUUGUGUUUCUGGUGCAAGCUCUUGAGAGCCUCAGUGGACAGCAGUUGGACAGUUAAAGGACAGUUUCAGGAGACUUUGGGAGCUGUGAGAACUUCUGCACCACACACAGAGACAACCUCCAGAGAGAACCUCCUUACGCUCGAGAGGAAACCAGAGACAAUGCAGACUCUGGACGAACAGCAGCUGAGGGUCAGACUGGUGCAGCCAAGAGAGGAAAAAACACUCGCGUUUCUGCAGCUAACCCUUUUUUUUGGGAGGAAGUCAUGGGAACAGGCCUACAGGAAGUUGAGCUGAUGAGAGAGGAAGUUGAAACGUGUGGUGAAGUUGCUGAACGCAGUCAGAAGUGGGUGAGAGACUGACUGGAGCAGUCUAAUUUAAAGAAUGCUCUCUCUGAGACUGGAUCUGACACGGAUAAGACUGGAUCUGCACAGCGCUGUCCCUCUACCGGACUAUUUGCGGGAUUCUCUGUCCAAUUUCACUCAAUUUGGGUUUUCGUUUCUAUGGAAUUCUCAAGGAAGAUCUCUGACAGCUGCCAGUUCCAGCUGUCGCCACAUUUUGGUUUUGUUCUUUUGGGUUUUAAGUGUUUAAGUUAUGUUGUUUUUCGGGUUGUUUUCAGACUUGAUCUGCCUAAAUAAGAAAGUAAGAAAUAGCAUUGCCAUUUAUUUCUAAUUAUGCCUAUAUUAAACCCUAAUACAUCCCUUAAUCAGGAACCACUGCACCUGGUACUCAGGCUUGGACAUAAUGAAUUGUUGGGUGUGGGAGAAAAUAUUGGUAUUGCGAUAUAUUGUAUGAUUUUUGUUUGUUAUAUAUUAUCGAUGUGUGGCAUCUAAUAUGGAUAUUUUUAUUGAAACAUAAGAAUUGCCUAAGACCCAAGAGUAACACAGUUGCCAUUAAAUAUCAUAGAGAAUUGUCUUGCAAUAUAUUGAGUAUA